UUGCAGAAACAGAACUACUUUCCAAAUUAUUUACUGAAAUACCCUCUCCUUCACUAGGGUUUAGGCCGUUAUGCCCACCUCCGGCGCCCCAAAACCUCCAUGGCCGGGGCUUCAAUUCCCGCCGCCUCCUCGUCCCUUCUUUCCACCUCCACCUCCGUAUCCCUUUAUUGGACCACCUCCACCCCAUGAUUAGCCGCCGCGCGGCGGCCACGGCAGCCCUACGCGCCUCUGUGCGGCGUGCCUGCUCUUCCUCCUCCCGCGCCGCCGACCCUGACGACCAACUGCUUGGCCUCUUAGAAGCCCCUGAGCCGCAGCGCGGACCCCGCCUCUCAUCCAAGGACUUCGCCUUUCUUCAGGUGCCCACCCCUGUCCUCCACGCCGCGGCCCUCCCGCCGCCGGAGGCUGUUCUUAUAUCCAAGGCGAUCCGAGCCUACGCCUCCGACUUUGACGGGAAGGCGGAGCGGUUCCUGCGGCGGCACCGGGACUUCCUGAACGACGCCGUGGUAGUUGCGGUGCUCAGGUCGGUGCGCACCCCGGAGCUCUGUGUCAGGUUCUUCCUUUGGGCCGAGCGGCAGGUGGGCUACAGCCACACCGGCGCCUGCUACAACGCGCUGGCGGAAGUAUUGCAUUUUGACGAUCGUGCUAGGACCACCGAGAGGCUGCUGAGGGAGAUUGGGGAGGAUGAUCGUGAGGUACUCGGCAGAUUGCUCAAUGUGAUAGUACGGAAAUGCUGCCGCCACGGAGCUUGGGCCAAGGCGCUGGAGGAGCUCGGGAGACUGAAGGAUUUUGGGUACAGGCCGUCAGGUGCGACCUACAAUGCUCUGGUCCAGGUGCUUGCAACCGCCGGACAGAUGGACAUGGGUUUUCGUGUGCAGAAAGAGAUGUCAGAGUUGGGGUUCUGCACGGAUAAGUUCACAGUUGGGUGCUUUGCACAGGCGCUAUGUAAGGAGGGGCGAUGGUCUGACGCACUUGUCAUGAUAGAGCGGGAGGAUUUCAAACUUGACACAGUGUUGUGCACCCAGAUGAUCAGUGGACUGAUGGAGGCCUCCCUUUUUGAUGAGGCAAUUUCAUUCCUUCAUAGGAUGCGGUGUAACUCUUGCAUCCCUAAUGUGGUCACAUAUAGAACACUGCUUGCUGGAUUUUUAAAAAAGAAGCAGCUUGGCUGGUGCAAGAGGAUAAUCAGCAUGAUGAUGAACGAGGGUUGCAAUCCAAACCCCUCCUUGUUUAAUUCUCUUGUGCAUAGUUAUUGCAAUGCCAGGGAUUAUCCAUAUGCUUAUAAACUUUUAAAUAGGAUGGCUGGUUGUGGUUGCCCUCCUGGCUAUGUCGUAUACAACAUUUUUAUUGGAAGCAUAUGUAGUGGAGAAGAAUUGCCAAGCCCUGACUUGUUGGCAUUGGCAGAAAAAGUUUAUGAGGAGAUGCUGGCUUCUAGUUGCGUUCUUAAUAAGGUGAACACUGCAAAUUUUGCUCGAUGCCUUUGCGGUAUGGGGAAAUUUGAUAAAGCAUUUCAGAUCAUUAAGUUGAUGAUGAGAAAAGGCUUUGUACCUGACACGAGCACAUACUCUAAGGUGAUUACCUUUUUAUGUGAGGCUAUGAAGGUAGAAAAGGCUUUCCUUUUGUUUCAAGAGAUGAAGAGUGUUGGUGUUAUUCCUGAUGUUUAUACAUACACAAUUUUGAUUGAUAGCUUUUGUAAGGUUGGGCUCAUUGAACAGGCGAGGAGCUGGUUUGAUGAAAUGGAGAGUGUCGGCUGCUCCCCAAGUGUAGUAACAUACACUGCCUUGCUUCAUGCUUACCUCAAAACAAAGCAGGUACCUCAGGCUAGUGACAUUUUUCAUAGAAUGGUUGAUGCUGGCUGUGCUCCCAAUACCAUUACCUACAGCGCACUAGUUGAUGGCCUCUGUAAGGCAGGUGAAAGCCAAAAGGCUUGUGAAGUCUAUGCCAAAAUGAUUGGAACAUCUGACAAUGUGGGAUCUGAUUUUUACUUUGAAGGCGAGCACACAGACUCCAUUGCUCCAAAUGUGGUCACAUAUGGUGCACUCAUAGAUGGUUUGUGUAAGGCACACAAGGUGGUUGAUGCUCAAGAAUUGCUAGAUGUUAUGUCAUCGAAUGGGUGCGAGCCAAAUCACAUUAUAUAUGAUGCAUUGAUUGAUGGCUUUUGCAAAGUUGGAAAGCUUGAUAAUGCACAGGAGGUAUUUUUUAGGAUGUCUAAGUGUGGCUACUUGCCUACGGUGCAUACAUACACCUCCUUAAUUGAUGCGAUGUUUAAGGACAGAAGGCUUGAUCUAGCCAUUAAAGUUCUCUCUCAAAUGCUGGAGAGUUCUUGCACUCCUAAUGUUGUCACUUACACAGCUAUGAUUGAUGGGCUUUGCAGAAUAGGCGAAUGUCAAAAGGCCUUAAAGUUGUUGUCAAUGAUGGAAAAGAGGGGAUGCAACCCAAAUGUUGUGACUUACACUUCUCUCAUAGAUGGAUUGGGAAAAUCUGGUAAAGUUGAUAUGAGUCUUCAGCUUUUUACACAAAUGAUCACACAAGGGUGUGCCCCUAAUUAUGUUACCUACAGAGUUCUGAUAAACCAUUGCUGUGCUGCUGGUCUUUUGGAUGAGGCACAUUCACUGCUAAGUGAAAUGAAGCAGACUUACUGGCCAAAAUAUGUGCAAGGAUACUGCAGCGUAGUUCAAGGUUUUAGCAAGAAGUUCAUUGCUUCUCUUGGAUUGUUGGAGGAGCUGGAGUCACAUGGCAUGGUGUCAAUAGCUCCUGUUUAUGGGUUGCUCAUUGAUAGUUUCUCCAAGGCUGGCAGACUGGAGAAAGCCUUGGAGUUGCACAAAGAGAUGAUGGAAGUCUCAUCAUCACUAAACAUAACCAGCAAGGAUACAUACACUUCAUUGAUCCAGGCACUUUGUUUGGCAUCUCAGCUUGAAAAAGCAUUUGAAUUAUACAGUGAAAUAACAAGGAAAGGUGUUGUGCCAGAACUAAGUGCCUUUAUUUGCCUCAUAAAGGGGCUAAUCAAAGUAAAUAAGUGGAAUGAAGCCCUGCAGUUGUGUUACAGCAUGUGUGAUGAGGGUGUGAACUGGCAGAGCAACAACUCUUUUGAUGGAGGCUAGAGCUUUGUUUUCUUACAUGGUUACUCCAGAUGAAAGCAUUGUCCCAUAAGAGCUUAUUUUGAUUGGGGUGAUUUGGUUCAAAUUCAAACCAAAGUUAUUUUAAUGAUUCCUGUUCCGAACAUCGCUCUAGGGAGUCAUUCAUUUCUGACAUCUUACUGGAAGAUUACAGUAUGAAGUGGUUACCAAGGAGAUACGGAUUAAAAUGUGCUUUUGUGCAACUCAUUGAUGGAUUGGGAAAACAGCACUAUGUUUUGAUUAAAACUGUAUAUGUUCAUAUAUAACCUUUCUGGGUGCUGAAGGAUAAAGUGAAGACCUUCAAAAAACUAUGUGCAGUCAAGCUCACUCAUGUAAGCACGGUUCUAAUUCAUAAUGGUGGCCAAUCUAUUAUGAUGUUAGCUGAUUAUCAUCAUAUUUGUGCUCUUAUACAGUAUGGAUUAUCAAAUUCUCUCUUUCAGUGCUGCACGCCAUUUUACAUUGUCAGUGGGUGAUGACCGAAGUAAUUUCUGACUUACCUUCAGAUGGACAAAGGAUCAUCUCAAUGUCUAUCAACUUCUGUAUAUAAGUUGCUGAUGGUUAGACACAAGGGUGAAAUAUGUGGUGAAAGAGAACUUCUGAAAUCCAUAAUUCUCUAUUCAUCAGUUCAGUGAUUCAUCCUUAUAGCUCCUUCCAGUGUUUUUGCUCUCGUAAUAGAGCAAUAAAGAUAUGAUGAAAUCACAAAAAUGUAGUCAAAUGUACUGCAGUUCACUACUUCACUGUACAAAUGUAAAAAUUACUUCAAGUUAAAAUUUAUUUAUUUAACCUGUUGAUAUCCGGUGAUA